GUGCUGGAGACAGGCACGAGGCCAAUUGGCGAGGAGGCAGAGGGGCAGCAGGAGACGGCAGGACAGCUGGGGCGCAGCGAGGAGCUGGAAACGCUGGGGGUCCUUCUGGGGACUAUCAAUGUCGCCAGCUGGUCUAAGCAUGGCCUGGCGGCUUUCCAGGCAGCCGGCGCGCACGGUGCCGACGUCUUGUUUGUCCAGGAGCACAAACUCACGAGGCAGGGAAUGCGCACGGCGCAGCGGCUGGCUGCAAGGAGGAGCUGGCACCUCGUAGAGGGCACGGUGCUAGACGAGACUCAGGGCAAGAAUGGCCGUGAUUGGCACAAUUACGGCGGCCUCGCGUGCGCCACGAGGGGCACAUGGAGAGCUGAACGGCUGUGGCAGAUGAGGGAGAUAGGAGGAGAGGUUGCGGUCUUUCGUGUGCGCAGUGGCAGGCAGAUGCUGCACGUGGGGGUCGUGCAUCUCCGGCGCAACAGCCCGGUCCAGGCGCGCCGAGGAUUGCUCCUGGGUCUGCGGGAGUGCCUCGCCGGGCUCGGAGGUGCAGCUGUGCUCGGCGGCGACUGGAAUGUGGAGGCCUCGGAGGGCAUCCUCGGCGUUUUGACUGGGGAUGGCCAGUGGCAGCCUGCAGUGCCGCAGUCGUCCACGAUGGCAGGAAGCAGCGAUGCCAGGAAUGACUACUUCCUGGUCCAGGGCGUGGUUGUCGGCGAGGCAGUGGCGCACCGUGACCGGAUUGCGGACCACAGGUUGGUCACGAUGGGGCUCAAGGUGUGGGCCGAGGAGGAGACUGAGGGUUGGGCCUGGCGGCGCGCGGCGAGAUAUGGCGUCAGUACCAGACCACGCGCCAACAUGGACGAUGAAGACGACGGCUGGCUCGCGAGCGCCCGGCCGCCUCGCAGUCAAGGUGAGCACAAGGUCCUUACUGAAGGAACGGGCUACAAGGGAGACCGACACCUGGUGCACUGGCAGCGCCCGGAGAGCCAAGAGGCGGGCUCCGUGCAGGCGCGGCGCGAGAGGCAGCUGAGGGAACUCAUCGCCGUGUCGGAAGCCGUGCAGGAGCGAAGGGGGCCGCGUGUGCGUGACGGAGCGACCCAGGCGCUAUCGCGAAAGAGGGCGUACCUUCGGCGGAAACUUGGGCUGCCGCGGGCCGUUGGACCAGAUGACGCACAGGACCUGCACAGGAAACUGCGGGAAGCAGUGGAGGUCAGCAGGGACGAAAGGAUCAAAGUGUGGCGCGAGAGUAUACGUGAGGACAACAUGCGGAAGCGGACGUACAAAUGGAUCAGGAAUCCGGCGCAGAGCUGUGGAGCCGCCGUGUACGACGCGACCGAGCAGAGACAGUGUUCGGGGCAAGCUGCGGUGGAGAAACUCCGUAGUUUUUAUCACGGCCACUUCAGUAGCGCAGGGUCUGGGAACCAGCCCGAGGAGUACAUGCUGCACUACGCAGAGGAGGUGGAGGAGGCGAAGGAGAAAAUCCAGCAGGCGGUGGCGCAGGAGGAUCGCCAUCGUCAGCACAUCUACGCAAUGCUCGGCCACAGUGAUUUGCGCUGGGGAGCCCCAUCAGCAGGCAGCGUGCGGCGGCUUUUGAGGACGAUGGCAGGCACCGCGGCUGGCCAAGACCAGUGGUUAGCGAGCGAGCUGCUCCUCCUGCCAGACCUUGCUUACGAUGACCUGGUGGAUCUGUGCCUUGGCUUCGAGGCGGGAGGCUGGCCCCCGAGCCUCAAGAGGUGGAGGCAGACCCACAUCCCGAAGGAGAGCGACAGCAUCCCGAAAGUGGACCGCAUGAGGCCCAUCGCCAUCGCCAGCACGGUGGUAAGAAUGUGGCACAAACACCGAGCAGAGCAGAUCGCAGAGUUCCUGGAGCCGGCUUUCGAGGCGGACCAAGCUGGCGGCCUGCGCCAGAGAACGCUCGAGGGGCUCCUGGAGGGCACGCUGACGGAGGUCGAACAAACGAUGGUCGCCAACAGGAUCGCGGGCACCCCUGCGUACGACCUCCUGAGCGAAGACGACAAGCAGAGAGUGGACAGCAAGAAGGGCGCCCUCUACGGCUCCUCCUGGGACUUCGAGAGCGCCUUCGACAGGACGGAUCCAGUGAUUGUAGGACGCAUCUGGAAAGAGUGUGGUGUGCCCCAUGGCAUCGUGGAUGGCAUCGUGGACAUAUGGUGCAACCAGGAGCGGUGGAUUGAGAGUGCCGGCCUGGUCGCUAGUGAGCCCAUCGCGGUUUCACGGUCGUUGCCGCAAGGAGACCCUGCCAGCAUGCUUGGCAUGGCCACCGUGCUCAUGCCGCCGACGCGCCGCAUGAAACGGAGGGUGGCGACGGCCACGUGCUGCGUGUACGCCGACGACCGCACGGCCUGCACGAGGAGCCUGGAGGACAUGCAGGAGGUGGAACGGCAUUGGGGGGAGCUGGAGCAGCUUACGGCGCUGCGGACGCACCCGGGCAAGACCCAGCGGUUCGUCGUCUCCGCGGACGUGCGCGACGCCGGCGAGGACCGCGGCGCCGACAGAGGCGCCGGAAGCAGCUUCAAGGUUCUCGGUGUCGACUUCUCCUUCGACGAAAGGGAGCUAACGCCCAGGGAGAUGGGGAAACUCAAGGCAGGCAUUGAGAGGCUGCAGAGGAUUGCCAAGCUACCGCUGGGCUGGCGGGCAAGGAGGCGCGCGGUGGCGACGGCAGCCAUGCCCCUGAUGGCGUGGGGGCUCGUCACGGCCCUGCCGCAGGAGGCGCAACUGAUGGAGGUGCGACGGGAGGUGAGGAGAGCAGUGUGCGGCAGGAGGUGGCCCUCUGCUUCGGUGGAGCUCCUGCAUCUCCUAGCGGUGGGCCACUACGGCGACCUGCGGUACCACCUGGCGGACAGAUGUUGGGCCUUCCACCAGGCCAGGAGGAGGAGGCAGGGCACGGAGGAGGAGCUGGCAUGGCAGAGGCUGGUGGAGGUGACGGACAGUUGCGGCCCGACGCGCUGCCUGCAGCGACACCUAGAGGCAAUGGGGUUCCACAGGGACACCCACACGGGCGAUUGGAAGCAUGGCGACAGGCACUUGCGCAUCGACGACCGCAGGGGCAGAGCGGCGCACGUGCUCCGCGAGGCCUGGCGGCAGGAGCGCUGGGACGCCUUCAAGGCCCAAGGGGCGACGAGACGUGACAGCAGAUUAGCUGUGGAGGAAGGCGUCGCCUUCGAUGAAAGAGCCUUCCACGUCGCGACGGAAGUGCUGCAGUCAGGCGCGCUUGGCAGCCAUGCGCUGGCCGUGCUCACCGGGGCCAUGUGGAGCGAUGCCAGGCUGGAUGUGGCGAUGGGCAGAGAGCCGCGCCCGUGCAGCGAUUGCCCGAGCGGCGAGGUGCCAGACGUGGUCCACCAUUGGUGGCGCUGCGACAGGUGGGCCGGCAGGAGGAGAGGUAUUGCCACGCCGCGGAGCGCGCUGGCCAGACGGAUGGGAUGGCCGGAGGAGGCGCUCCAGGGCGCAGACGCCCGCCGGGCAUGGCGGAAGCAGCUCGAGUACAUGGCUGGCGUGCGCCAGAGCCUCGUCGAGGACCGCUACCGCGGAGGCAGGCCCAGCCUUGGCGGAACGUGGCAGAUGAUGAGGAUGGAGGAAAAUGCCUGA